AUGCAGCAGAUCCUUCACUUCCAAUUUCAACCGGUCCUCUCCAAGCAAUCUCUUUGCUUCUCCUACCCAUUUGUUAAAACCAAAACUUCGCUUCCAAGCAAUCUCUUUGCUCCAAAAUCUCCAAUUUUUACCAUUCCACUCUCACUCUAUCAUCAAAUCCAGACCCACAAUCCAAUUCUAUGUGCGAGGAAGAACAAACGCCGCAAUGGGUCUCAAAGAUUAACAAGAUUGCUGCUCCAAUUGGUGCCGGCCAUCGUAUCGAACUUCAAGAUACUGCCUCAGCCGCUGGAUCUGGUUGUUGAAGAAUUCUGCAGCGGAGACGGCAGUGGAGGGGGUCUGGGGAUCUGGAAGGGGUUCGGAGGCGGCGGCGAUGGGUUUGGAAGAAAACGAAAGAGGAAGUCCUUGUUGCUGUUUCUGUUAUAUGGGGUUCUGGUGAUUUGUGCGUUGGGAUUGUUGUUUGGAGGAGAUGUUGAAAGCAAUGUGCUUUUCUACGGAUUGGGAUUUGGGCUCUCUGGGGUUGCUAUGGUUCAGUGGUGGGACAAGAUUGGCAUUUUUGCAAUCUUUUUUGGGGGUGUUUUGGUGGGUCUAGGGUUUCAGAGAGAGGAAUUGCAGAAAUUGGGUUUGAAGAUUAGGGCUUUUUGUCCCGCAAUGGAAACUGUUACUUGGAGAACAAGAAGAAGAAGAAGAAGUGGAAGAAGAGCAUUCUGA